AUGAGGGCCUUGCCAAACUCCAGCUUCUUCCGCGAGCGACGCGCGAAUGCGCUUCCAUCGCCCGCUGAGAUCCGAGCCAUCAACCAACAGUCUGGCAAGGAGGAAGACUUCUACCGGUCCCCGCCCGUGGAAAUUCGCUCGAUGGGCUUGUUUGUGUCAAAUGUCACCAUCAUCGAGGCUGAGACGCAGAUCAUGCUACGGGAACGAUUCCAAGGUCGUCUCCCCGUGCCAGAAGUCUUUGGCUGGGCGGAAGAUGGUGGCCAGACCUUUGCCUACAUGGCGCUGAUCGAGGGUGAGGCAUUAAUGGCAAGAUGGGGCAGCCUGGAUGACAAUGAGAAACAGGCUAUCCUCAAGGAGCUUCACUUUCUCAUCAAGCUCUUGAGGACUCUGAAACAAGAUACUCAUGAUCAGUACAUUGAUAUUCUGGGCAAGAAACCACUGAACGAUCUCUUAACAAUCAGUGCAAGAGUUACCGGACCUUUCUGCGGUCUAGAUGCUGUCCAGCAGUUCCAAGAUGCCUGUGGGAUUGAGAUCGCCCAUCAAGCGCCUAUUGUCUUCACUCUCAAUGCCCUCCUUCCACCUAACAUCAUGAUCUCCGCGGGACCAAACCCUAAGGUGACGGCACUCCUCGACUGGACCCAGGCUGGAUGGUACCCUGCGUACUGGGAGUACUGCAAGGCAUCUCGGAUCUCCGUGAAUCCAAAUAAUUUCCCCGUGACCUUUAUGGACGAGAGGCAUAGUCGCUUGGAUAUGAUUCUGGAGCGAGUGGAAGAAGCAGACUACAAUCCUUGGCUUUAUUUUCUUUUAUCCCGAGGUAUCUGA